AGCUUGAAAAUCGUAUGCUUGCUCGUACGAUGCCUCUCUGAUGUUGAAUGUUUCAGAAGCCUUCAAUCACGUGUCACAAGACAUGAAGCCUCUCAGGUAUCACUUAUUCCUGGAGCCAACCCUCUGCUUUUUAUUUAUUGUUCUUGUUAGCUGCGCUGCUUUGCAUGAUCUCUGUCCUUCCACCCCUGGUAUUCUAUCAUCCGAUCACGAUGCCUACGAAAGACUCUUCUCCCACUACCGCGACACUGCCCGCCGACCUCUCAAAUGGCAUGUCGAAAGACGCCAUCAUAGAAGAUCUUCGGAGAAGAUUAGAGGAAUCCGAACUCUCUUCUAAUGCUUGCUCUUCUUCUUCUGGCGGACGUCGGCGGCGACGAAGCAGGAAACCCAAGAGCUCCCUCGCCCCGAACUUGGCUGCCACAGCAGCACCCGCUCUGCCACUCCUUUCGACAACGGCAGCGAAGACAAAAGAAGCAAAACCAGUGAAAUUAGUCGUUGGUUUGAAUCUCAACCUCGAGCUUGAGUUAAACGCUAGGAUAGAAGGAGAUAUCACUUUAUCUCUAGUGCAAUAAGUGUCGAAAAGAAGGGCCGAAAAUCCUUACCUCCGAGAUGCAUGGAGAAGCCACUGAAUAAAAAGUGUGGCGGCGUUACGGAAGUUUUUGAUGUCUGUUACAUCCGAAUGGGGACCUUUUCGUUCAGACAAAAGUGGAUAGAAAGAGAGGUUUCGGAUAGCCUGACGGCUGUGGUUGCCCUUGGUGUUCUGGGCU